AUGAGUAAACAACCAGCACCCAAAGCUUCAACAAAUGACAAGAUUGAUUUAUCAAGAUUCUGCAAAAGCACAUUUACCCUAACAUUCGCUAUAGAAAUUAUUGGGAUUGAUAUAUGGCAUGAUUGUAAUGAAGGUUGGCUAGACCUCGGGCCACCAAUUCAAGGAAUGAAGUUGCAAUACCAAUUAUAUCCAAACCAGUCUUUUGAUUUGGAUAUUCUCAUAUGGCCUCACGUUGCGAAGAUCUGGUGUGGUAAUCAAUAUGGCUUUGUGCGAACGUGGCAAUUUUUAGAGAGGCGUUGGAUGGCGUUUUCAAUUCGUCACGCUUUUCCACUUCGAGUACUUGAUUUAAUAAAGCACUUAGCUACCGUUACACCUAGUAUGGGCUUGGGUGCUCUUAGUGCCAAUGCUAAAAAUGACAAAAAUGUGGAAGUAUAUUUUCCACCUUUAGUAUUUGGUGAGCGACGGUAUUUUGGAUCUGUUUUGGAACAUGAAAUGAUUUUGGCAGAUUAUAUACAAGAUUACAUAUGGCAUCUGAUUGAAUGUCAUAUACCGUCCUCACAUUUAGAUGGAAUUUUCGAUAAACCGAACAAUGUUACAGAUCAAAGGCAUCAAGAUGCAGUUUUAUUUCAUGUACAAGAAACCAUCCUAAAAGCUAUUUCUGAUGGCAAAGAGGAAUUGUUAACAGAACCUGAAGAACUUAUGAAGACGAAAGAACGAAGAGAUUCCAAAAUAGCGAAAGAAAAAGAAAAAAAGAAAGCGGUUGAGAUUCCAAAAGUAAAAUUUGAAAUAAAUUUGUUAGGAAAUACAAUUUUAUCGGGAAUUGGAAGAGUAAUUCCAUUUGAGUCUAUCGGAGACCGCCCACCAGAUAUGCCAGAAGUUAUUGUUUUAAUAAGUAGCGCUAAUCUUCCAGCACAAGACGAUUUACCUAUCUUAUUUAUAAACAUUGAAAACAUAUAUGAUGUUCCAGUGCAAGAAUUAAAGAGAGCCGGAUUCAAUCAAAUAUAUACGAACUGGAAGCUAUACAACGAAUCACACGAUUCUCCAAAAGAAACUAUGAAAUCUUUGAAACCCAUUAAAUUCAACGACCACCAUACUUUUCCCCUACCAUAUGAAGUUGCAGCUGAAAUAAUACCGAUAUUCCUAAGUAAUCCAUUUGAAAUACAGCUUCGAGGAGUACAAAAUACGAAAUCACCGCCAAAUAUUGGAAUUUUUUUUGGAAACGAAAAAUUCGAUAGUAAAUUUGGUUCUAUGGUGCCUUUUUUAAAUCCAAAAAUUGAUGAAAAUGAUGUUAUUAUAGCUGUCACAAAAAUUGAUACCACUGUUUUGACAAGAAGUAUGAAUGGAUUCAUAAAAGGAGAAUUCCCUUUAUAUCCACCUAUACCUGAAAUGGAUAUGAUUCCUCGCGAAUGUAUCUGCACUAAUGAUAUAAAUUCAAUACGAUGGCCUACGAAACAAAAAGUAGCUUUGCCAUCCCAUAUUGUUUUACAGGCCCAAAUGACUUUAGAGGUAUCAAUGGGAUUGGUAGGAUGCAGACCACAAGAUUUAACUAUUAAUUUUUCUAGGCUAUAUUGUAUAGCCGAAGAUAAAAUAUCAAUAGACGCUGUUUUAGAAAAAAUAAAGAACAUUAAUGAGGAAACAUUACAAUCGACCGAAAUGAAUGACUAUAUAACAGGUUUUGCCAUUGAUACAGGCAAUAUUGUUUUAUUCUACAUGGAGGGACGACGAGGUGGAGCAAUUUUUAAAAUUUGGGAGUUUUCUGAGGAUUUGUAUCCAAAACUUAAGCCUCUGUUUUCAUGCUCGGAAAAACAUAUAAAUAGAAUAUACCCUGGUCUCCUGACCUCAGCUACACCAUUUCUUGUGUUGAAAAUGUUUGUACCGCUAACCUCACUUUUGGCCUGCCCUCAAGUAUAUGUCAAACCCGCGUUACCACUACCUGCUAGAUCUGCUUUAUUAAAAAUCGGUCGUAUCAUUGAAAAUGGUUUCAAAGUUAUUCCAAGAACAUGUGACAUGCCUACGUAUGGAGAAUUGAAAAGUUUUACAUUGGAAUUAUGUUCACCUUCCUACAUUCAACCAACUUCUUAA